CGGCGCGGCGACGCGCUGCGCUCUUGAAAUUUCGCUUUCGUUCACUCGCGGUUAUUAGUCGGCCGCGCGCGCUCCGGCAAGCAUGUGUCUCGCGUGACGCGCUCCACUAUUACCGCGUGCACAUUCGAUUUCGUUGGCAAGUCGAUCGCGGCAUGGCACCGCGCCGGCAAGGUGCGACCGGCGAACGCGAGCCGGAGGACGCCCGCGGGUGCUGCGUCCCCGGCGAAUGCCUUCGCCCUCGGGAAUCUGUACGCAUCGAAGACGCCGUCCGCGUGCUAUGCAACAACGACACGUGCUCUUCCGGCCGGUACAUGCACCGAGAGUGCUUCGAGCAAUGGGAGGCCGGCGUGCUUGCUUAUCUGAAAUCCUGCGGCCGAGCCCGCUCUUGGUCUGAACGACAGCGACAUCAGAAUCUAUGGACAAAAAAGGGGUACGAUUUGGCUUUUAAAGCCUGUGGAUGCCGUUGCGGGCGAGGGCAUUUGAAGAAAGACCUUGAUUGGGCGCCUCCGGGGGCAGUGGUGAGGGCUGAGGAGGAGAAGAAGAGGCGUCGAAGGGCGAGAUCUGGACGCACACCGGCGGUGGCUGACGGCCGCACCAGAGCCUUCAGUCUGUCAAGCUCAGGGUCUUGUUCACCUCCCUCGGCGCCAUCUGAGCCGUCUGCCAGUCCCACUCAUGCUCCUGCACACGGUGUCACGCCAGCCAAGAGAAACUCCAAACCUGAGAUUGUGUCUGACAGAGUCAGGGCUGGUGCGGGCGCAAAUGGUAUAUUUUCCAGAAGACUGGAUUUCUCCACUUUCAAUUUGCUGCCGAAGCACAAAGUCAACUCAUAUCAGAUCAAGAUUGAGGACGAAGGUAACCACGGCAAUGACGAGACACGGCUGUUCAUCCUCUCCACGUUAGCUGGUCAACACAAGCCCCGGGUAUCGUGUGCUUUGUGCAAGGAAACACUCCACGUGUUCGACCGGUAUCCUUUGGUUGACGGCACGUUCUUCCUCAGUCCGCUGCAACAUACCAGCAGCGCUGUUGAGGUUAAAGUGGAAGGCCGUACGCAGUAUUUGACGUGCGUAUGCAUGGGAUGCCUUGAGCGAUGUGAUCCUGAGCGAACCAUCAGGUGUCGCUUCUGUGGACAGAAGUGGGAUGGCUCGUCCCUCGUACUGGGCACCAUGUAUUCCUAUGACAUUUUUAUGGCCACACCAUGUUGCGCUGAACGAUUGAAGUGUAACAGUUGCUACAAACCGCUCCUACAUCCUCAACAGCGGUUGAAUUACUCCGACUAUUCGCAUCCGCUGACGUGCCCGCAUUGCCGUGUCCUUGACACGCACUUCGUCAAGCCGAUCGCCUACUGCUUCACGAAACGGGCCUUCCCUGUUUACCAGCAGUGGCCAUAACAGUCGGCGGUGCCGGGACCCUCUCCCGGCACCCCCCCUGCCUCCGCCGACACUUGGAAUGUUGCUCCUUCACCUCCGCGUCGAGCAUCUCCUCCUGCGUUACGCCCUGUUGUUAAUACGAGUAUGGCAUCACGAGCGCCCGAGCCGC